UCCAUCUUUAUAAUCUGCUCCAUUGUGUCCGCUGAAAUUGAAUGUAAUCGAGUUUGUGCGUUUUUCUGGUGGAUGAAGGGCUGCGUGUGCUGGAUGAGUCGUCCCCCCAUCCCCCACCGCACAGCGGGCUCCUUCCCUGAACGCGUCGGUGCAGUUUGAGUGAAGAGCCCAUCAGCUUGGACCACAUCUCAGAGCUGCGGAGCUCCGGUCUGGACGCGAUCCAAGCCUGUCUGGUGUCAAACCAGCCUGAACAGAUACUCUCAGACAUCUCAUUUCUUCACCUCAUUCCUGAGACGGGAACCCUGCCCGCCCCUUGUGUAAAGCAAUUUAAACCUGAUAGCUCAUCAUCUCCACUGAAAAUAUUUGCCGGACUAUUAAGACAGUCGCUCUUCACUUUUUCCUCACAAGCACUUUGCCACCGUGCGGAACCCGCGCCAGCCAUGGCUUCUCCGCGCGCACCUCCGUCCUCCCACUGUCCUGUGAUGAUAUAGCCUAUUUUUAAAAAAAAUCCAAGCUCGAUUUGGAGAUUCAACAAGUUCUGACUAAUGUAAUGUUUUAUACUUUUCUUUCAUCCGUGGAAAUGCUCCGUCCAGAUCCAUAAAGGACCGACGUUUGGUUAAUAUGAACUUAUUGCCAAGUGGAAUAUGUUUUUAUUUGUCUGUAGCAAUCUGCUGGCUGACGGCCGAGAUCGAUGCAUCCUGGUGGUACAUGGGCAGCCUGGGCUCCCAGGUGAUGUGCGACAACAUCCCUGGUCUCAUGAACAAGCAGCGCCAGCUGUGCCGCCAGCACCCCAAAGUGAUGCAGGCCAUCGGGGCGGGGAUGAAGGACUGGAUCUCAGAGUGCCAGCACCAAUUCCGCAACCACCGCUGGAAUUGCAACACCACAGCCAGGGAUCACAACCUGUUCGGACGCCUGCUGCUACGAAGCAGCCGCGAGGUAGCCUUUAUGUACGCCAUCUCCUCAGCCGGUGUGGUUUACACGUUGGCACGAGCCUGCAGCCAAGGCGAGCUGGACUCCUGCUCCUGCGAUCCCACUAAGAAAGGCUCAUCACGAGAUGCCAAAGGCUCUUUUGACUGGGGCGGUUGCAGUGACCACGUGGACCACGCCAUGCGCUUCAGCCAGGCCUUUGUGGACGCCAAGGAGAGGAAGGAGAGGGACGCCCGGGCGCUCAUGAACUUGCACAACAACCGUGCCGGCAGGAAGGCAGUGAAGCGCUUCAUGACUCUGGAGUGCAAAUGUCACGGCGUAAGCGGCUCGUGCAGCGUUCGGACCUGCUGGCUGGCCAUGGCCGACUUCAGACGCACUGGCGACCACCUUCGCAAGAGGUAUAACGGCGCCGUGCAGGUGGCCGUUAACCAGUAUGGCACUGGGUUCACUGUCGCGCACGCACACUUCAAACGACCCAGCAAGAAUGACCUGGUGUACUUUGAGGACUCGCCAGACUACUGCAUACGGGACCACGAGUCAGGUACGAUGGGGACGGGAGGGCGGGUCUGUAACCGGACGUCUCGCGGCGUGGACGGCUGUGAGGUGAUGUGCUGCGGUCGAGGCUACGACACGUCACGGGUCAGCCGGACUACCAAGUGUGAGUGCAAGUUCCACUGGUGCUGCGCCGUGCACUGCCGCGACUGCCACCAGCAGGUCGACGUGCACACCUGUAAGGGCCAGACGUGACCUCACCGCCACGGAACUACUGACCGCUCAUAUCAAACCAGCAGCCAUACUGGUCAUUGUGUAAAAACUACUGCGUUUGUACUGGGCCACAUGUUCUAAGUGACAAUCAAUAGAAUAUCUCGACUCCAUCCUCGGUGCUAAGCUCUUAUUUCAGCUGUGUUUCCGCACUGCGCUUCCCAAAGAUCACUGGUCAAUCAAUCUAAUUACACAGCUCAGGGCAAAACUCUGCUGUUGCCUUUAAAGAGCUUCCAGACUUCAGAUGAUCAGAGCAGAAAAUGUAAAAAGCUUCCAUCAACAUAUUAUAGGUUAAAGGAGAAACGGUAGUGAGCUGUGCAUUUAUUUAAUAAAAUAUAUCCACUACAACUACUUUAUACAGCAAAACCUAGCUUUAAAAGCCUGACUGGCGUAAUCAGAGUUGUUUAGUUUUUUAUCUUUCCGAAACACAGAAAAACAUAAAAACAGCCAAAAAUACACUGAAAAUAUCUUAAAUUAUAUAAUCUACUGUAGAGUUUUGAAAUAUCUCAACAGGGAGAGACAGUUACCUUGUUCCCUGUGCAGUCUGAGAAUUUUCCAACCAUUUAAUGUCUCUUUCUCCUGUAUGUUUUCAGUUUUACGGUUCAAUUUGAACUCCUUACCUGUGAACAUAAAUUUGUUUUGUCAUGUCAGGGGCUCAUUCUCUUCCAACAGUGUGUUACCCAAAACCACAGGCAAUUACUCUCCAAACAUUCAGUGUUCAGGCCUGGAAACACCACUAGAAUGAAAAAGGUGAUAGUUGCUGCUGCCGUUGUGCCAAAAAACAAAAAGCUAAAGCUCACUUUGGACUAAGUUAUGUUACUGAAGCUUAAAUAUUUAAAAACUCACAAAUCACAAGGGUGCCACAUUUUUCAUUCAUAACGGCAAAUUUUUCAGCUAUUUGUUCUUUACGGUUUGAGGCUUUCUGUUUAGCACUCAGCGAGUAUGGUUACAAACGCACUACCUGGAUAGUAUUCCAGAUUUCACAGGUAUUCUUGUUAACAUCUUGUUCAAGUAAUUUAAAUUCGGAUUUUAAAACAAAUUGAACAUUAAAAGUAGCUUUAAACUCAUUAGCUGAAACCAGAGUUAAGAAAUCUGUUGCCGUAAUCUAUUUAAAAAUAAAAUCUAUUUCUUUGGUCAACGGGUUAAGGUUAGGGUUAAUUUAAUAUUCUGAAAGACGCAGUUCUCUAACUUACAAACUUGUUAACAUUUGGAGCGCUCCAGAUUCUCCACAAGGGGCCAAUGUUAAGUCAUUAGGUGCGUUUGACUUGAUGUGGCGCUUCGCAGCACUGACUUUAACGUGAUGCAUGCUGAACUUAGUAAACAGUAAAGCUGCUGCUGUUUAACACUUUAACACUGCAGUCUAGUAUCGUCACAGCUGCAAUAUUUUGUUUUUACAGCUUCUGUUUUGUUUGUUUUUAUUAGUUUUACAUUCAUCAGUUAUACAUUUAGACAGAUGUACAAAUGACUGACAGCACAACAGCAGCCAAAAAAGAUUCUAAAAGCAUAUGUUGUAACUAAUGGCGCAAAUGCAACAGUAACUGUCCUUGCCUGUAGGUGGCGACAUCAACUUUUCUACAGCUGCAGCCUUUCAUACCUGUAGGUGGAGUAGGUUGGAUCCGAACUGCAGGUCUGAAAUCGUGGCUCUGCAGUUGGCUUGACGAGGUUUUAGUCCACUUGUAUUCUAACAUUGUUGUUAAUUAACAGUUUAGGAUGUAUUUCAAGUAGUACUUGGUGACCUUACAUAUCAGGCUUUAGUUAAUUUAAUUUUAGGAUGAGCGUGCCCUGUUGUCUAACAGCCUAAUAAAGAAAAAAGAUAAUAGUCUGUGUACAUAAACAAUCAAAUUCACUGUUAUUUGCAGCCUCCAAAUCCAGCACUUAGGAGUUAGAAGACUGCAGCCUGAACAACAGCUUUUCACUACAACAACCUGCUGUCCCAGAUGUAAGAUGUAAAUCCAUUGUUUCCUCUCUUAUUUCACUGUAUUUAUUUACUCUCCAGUUCAAUAGUAAAGUCCUGUUUGAAAAGAUUACUGACGCUGAGUCUGUAACUAACUGGUUACUUAAGAAAAAACCCUAAUAUGACCUGUACAACUGAACUCCCCAGAAUAAGCGACACUGUACAUUUCACUCUGCAUCCCUAUUUAAACAUUAAAAAGUCUAGGUUUGUUUUGAUUUUCUUACCAGACUACAGCUUGUUCCAAAACUGCAAGUGUCCAAACUUAGUUUUUCCGUCUAUGUAAAUAUGUAGUUGUGUAAAUUAAAAUCAGAUGUAUAGUGAAUGGAACCAUAUUCUGUAAUCAAUAGGCAGACUGCACAUUUUAGGUAAUUAACGCACUUCACUUCCUUCUGCUGUGCAAGCCAAUCACAGAACAGACUGCACACGUGGUGUAGUAAAAUGGGCAUAAAUAUAUUUCAUGUGUAGGCGUUGUGUCUCAAAUACAGAAGUCAAGUUUUUAACAAAGAGAUCAACUAAGAUCACAGCUUCCCUCAGCUUCACACAAAAGCACCUGGUGGAUGCAGGUAAAACUCUUCUCCUAUUUGUGGAGCGAGAUGUCAAGGUUGUGGAUGAAAACGCACAUCAGAAGAUAAGUGAAGGAUUCCACAGAUAGUGAAAACCUACCAGGUUGUGUUUUGCGGUUUCAACAGCCAAAUAGCACUUGAAAUGACCGGCAGCUCCAGAUGACUGUCGGCUGUAUUCGGGUUUCGAUCUGGGUGAGGCGGUUAAACACCGUGUGAAUCAAAGUGGCGUGAAGAAGCUGGCUUGCAGCAAUACACAAAAAGUCCUUUAUUGUAUUUUUUUGUCUUCUCACUUUUUUUAAUGAUGGCAAUUGAUCACCUCUUUUUGUACAACAAAAGAACAGCUUUAAAUGAUUGAAAACCCCCAAAAAUGCAAACAUAUCAAAUAAAGUCAAAACCAAUUCUGGA